CCCUUUCGUCUCUGGUCCUGCGGCUUCGACAAUGGCGGCCCGUGGCGUGGGGCUCUUGACCCGUUUGCCCCUUUGUGUGCAGAGAAGUCCAGUCCAGCGUCCUGUCCACAGACUUCUCAGUUACCCAGGAACGGUGGCCGCGGACCUCAGGAGGGAAGAGCAGCCCGCGGGGAGCGCCGAGACAGGCUCUGAAGACAGGACUCCCAAAAAAAGAUUCUGUGAGGUGCAGAACGAAAGGCGAGAGCAGGCCCAGCGGACUGUGCUCAUUCACUGCCCGAGCAAAAUCAGUGAGAAGAGGUUUCUCAAGUAUUUAUCCCAGCAUGGACCUAUUAAUAACCAUUUCUUCUAUGAAAGCUUUGGUCUUUACGCCGUUGUAGAGUUUCAUCAAAAGGAAAGUGUAGCUUCCCUACAGAGUGUGACUCGCACGCCGAGCCUGGGCGCAGAGGCUGCGAUUCCGUUCAGAUCGCGUUACUUCAGUUUAAAGUUGAAGAAUCCAUCAAACCAGACUUCGGGCCAGCCGAGUGUUCAGUGCAGUAAUCAGUCUUCUCCUGCAAGCAGGAAGCUUUUUGAUUUACUUUGUUGUGCAGAAAAUGUAGAUGAUCAGCUGAACACUCUGACAAAGGAGCUCCAGCUGACGGAGGAGAACACCAGGCUUCGCCACCUCACCUGUUCCCUCAUCGAAGACGUAGCUGCCGCGUACUUCCCUGACUGCGCCAUCAGACCCUUUGGCUCCUCAGUGAACAGUUUUGGGAAAUUAGGAUGUGAUUUGGACAUGUUUUUGGAUCUAGAUGACAUUGGAAAAUUUAGUGCUCACAAGGCCUCAGGAAAUUUUCUGAUGGAAUUUCAAGUGAAAAAUGUUCCUUCAGAAAGAAUCGCAUCUCAGAAGAUCCUGUCUGUGAUAGGAGAAUGCCUCGACCACUUUGGCCCUGGCUGUGUGGGAGUACAAAAAAUACUAAAUGCUCGCUGUCCGCUCGUCAGGUUCUCACACCAGGCCUCUGGAUUUCAGUGUGACUUGACGACUAAUAAUAGGAUUGCCUUGAGAAGUUCUGAGCUCCUUUAUAUAUAUGGUGCCCUGGACUCUCGAGUGAGAGCUUUGGUGUUCACUGUCCGGUGCUGGGCUCGAGCACAUUCCUUAACGAGUAGUAUUCCUGGUGCUUGGAUUACAAAUUUCUCCCUUACCAUCAUGGUCAUCUUUUUUCUCCAGAGGAGAUCACCCCCUAUUCUCCCAACACUAGACUACCUAAAAACCCUAGCAGAUGCAGAAGAUAAGUGUAUAAUAGAAGGCCACAACUGUACAUUUGUUCGUGACUUGAAUAAAAUUAAACCUUCAGGAAACACAGAGACGCUCGAAUUACUUCUGAAAGAGUUUUUUGAAUAUUUUGGAAAUUUCGCUUUCAAUAAGAAUUCCAUAAAUAUUCGGCAGGGAAAGGAACAGAACAAACCAGAAUCUUCUCCACUGCACAUUCAGAAUCCUUUUGAAACUUCUCUCAACAUCAGCAAAAAUGUAAGUCAAAGCCAGCUGCAAAAAUUCAUAGAUCUGGCCAGAGAAAGUGCCUGGAUUUUACAUCAGGAAGAUAAAGGUCAUCCUUCCCCGUCAGGUAACCAGCCCUGGGGGCUGGCAGCCCUGCUGCUGCCUUCUGUAGCAAAUGGUGUGUCUCUUGCCAAGAAGAAGAAGCCAGCAAGUGAAAGAAUUAAAAACUUGUUGGAAUCCAUAAAAAGCGGUCCAGAAAAUUCCACCAACACCAAUGGAAAAAGAGCAGCUAGUCCUCAGUCAUAAUGGCUGCUGCCCUGCCUUCAGAACUGGUUUUAUCCCAUAAGGGGACCUCUGGACCACCUGGAAGAACUGAGGGAGACCCUCCCAGGUCUCACUGUCAUCUGACGUCUCUUCACGAUCUUCUCAUUGGGCCCCUUAAACUGCUCUGAUGCCCCGCGAUGUGUGCAGGCCGGUGCCCCAUGGCAGUGUCUCACAGUGUUAGCCACGGGAACGCGGGGGAAGAUCGGAAUGUGCUUUAGACAGACCACGCUAAGCGAAAGGGGAAAAAUCAGAUUUAGAGUCAAACCAUUGUUGAUCUCCACAUCAGUCCCUGGGUGUAAAUCAUUUAAGAGGACUUCUAGGUAUGUACAUGUGUAGGCAGUGAAUAUAAUAAAGCUGCAAAAUUUGAUAGUACUCUUUAUUUUAGUAUUCUUCAAAGUACUGUUAGUCACAUAUAAAUUAAAACUGGUUGGUACUGAUUUCCAGAAAUGUUCAUGUUUUUAAAAGAUAUAAAUGCCACUUCAAUGACUACAUUCUAGGUAUUCUAAGCCAAAUAUAUAAAAAAUACUGGUACAUUGUGUUUAAAAAUAUUUACUAAAUUUUCCUAUUUUCAAAAAUAAAAUCAUUUUUCUACUAA